AUGGGAAUUAAAAUUGAUAUGGCAAAGGCAUUUGAUAGAGUCAAUUGGGAGUUUCUUCUUCAGGUUUUAUCUCAGAUGGGAAUCAGCUCUCAUUGGUGCAACCUGAUAUUUCAAUGCAUUUCCACUACAAGUAUGGCUGUGCUGGUCAAUGGAUCUCCAGGAAAAUUAUUCAAAACCUCUAGGGGGAUAAGACCAGGGGACCCCUUAUCCCCCUAUCUAUUCUUAUUCUGUAUGGAAGCCCUAUCCAGGUAUCUAAGCCAUGCUGAAACUCAUCAAAAAAUUCAUGGUAUCCAGAUUUGCAAGGAUGCACCGUCUAUGAAUCACCUGCUCUUUGCUGAUGAGUGCAUGAUAUUCUGCAAAGCUAAUCUUCGGGAAUGCAAUAAUCUCAUUCAGAUUUUUAAGGAAUUUGGUCAAUCCUCUGGACAGUUGAUAAACUUCUCAAAAUAUGGUAUUUUCUUCAGCAAGAACACUGCCCCGGACAUUGCUGAUAACAUCAGUAAUACUUUGAAGGUUCAAAGGAUUAAUCCAACAGACAAGUAUCUGGGUUCCCCUCUGUUCACCACAAAAAGUAAGAUCCAAGCUUUCAGGCCUUGUAUAGACAAGCUUAAAUUCAAGUUUGCUAGAUGGAAAACAACUCUCUCUACUGCUGGAAAAAUGACAAUGAUUCAGUCUGUCACUUCCACAACUAGUAUAUAUCAGAUGAACUGCUUCAAAAUUCCAAAAACCAUAUGCAAUGAGAUCAAUGCCAUUCAAAGAGACUUUUUCUGGAAUAAAGAACAAGACAAAUCCAUAGGAGUCUAUUACUUUGAUUGGGAUGCAGUAAACAAACCCAAAGAAUUAGGAGGUCUGGAAUUCAAAAACAUGGAAAUAUUCAAUAUGGCUAUGCUUACUAAAAUUGCUUGGAGACUUGUCUCAGAGCCAGACUCCCUAUGGAGCAGUACUAUGAAGGCAUCCCACUAUCCCAACACUGAAAUCAUAAGAUUAGAUACCAAACCAAAGGCCACAGACUCUUGGAUCUGGAAAGGAAUUAUGGAAGGCAUAGCUCUUCUCCAACAAUAUUACAUUUAG